GCUGAGCGGAGCGCAGCGCGCAGCGGCCAAACCGCUGUCUGUCAUUAGCUGAGAGGCUGACAGAGGAGUGGCGGGGGGAGAGAGGAGCAGGAGGGAGGAGUGAGCGGUCCACACCGGCCCGAGAGGACAGAGGCGAAGGAAGGAGAGCGCCGGACCGAAAGGGAGAGAGAGAGAGAGAGUGAGAGAGAGGAGUGUGUGUGUGUGAGUGUGUGUGUGUGAGAGAGAGAGAGGUAGAGAGUGGGGAGACUGACAGGCGUUGCCGAAGGACGAACAGAGAAGCGUCGACAUGAGCGGUCAGUUUGAGGAAGAUUUCCACGACCGGGGCGAGAGGAAGAGCAGUAAAUCCCCGACGCUGCUCUCGUCUUACUGCAUAGACAGUAUUCUGGGCCGCCGGAGUCCCUGUAAGGUCAGACUGAUAGGCGCGCAAAGUUUGACGGGUCUGCCCGGCAGAGGGGAGCUGGACAAGACGGCUGACGGUCCAACGAAAGAGCAGCUUUCCCUCAGCGCCGACAUGCACCUGCCCCCCAAGCUCCGCCGGCUGUACGGACCGGGGGGCAAAUACCUCCACGAGCACGCGGAGAAGCUGGACAGAGAGCGGCUGCUCCUGGAGCAAGCCAGCGACAGCCUCAAGAUCAGCCAGGCGCCGCAGGUGAGCAUCAGCCGCAGCAAGUCCUACCGGGAGAACGCGUCGCUGAGCCGGGGGGAGGGCGACCAGAGCCCCGGGGAGGCCUCGGAGGACGGCAGCCUCGGGCUGGUGGAGCUCGGCCCGCUCAAGUUCGAGGAGGACGCCGGGAAGGAGGAGGAGAGCUGCGGGGACGCGGCCGCGCUGUCGCCGAAGGACGAGGAGCGGGAGAGCUUGAACGCCGGGGAUGGAGACGUGAGGGACGGGGAGGACAGCGUGUGUCUGUCGGCGGGCAGUGACUCAGAGGAGGGGAUGCUGAAACGGAAGCAGAGAAGAUACAGGACUACCUUCACCAGUUACCAGCUGGAGGAGCUGGAGAGGGCUUUCCAGAAGACACACUACCCCGACGUCUUCACCAGAGAAGAGCUCGCAAUGCGCCUGGAUCUCACCGAGGCCCGCGUUCAAGUGUGGUUCCAGAACCGCAGAGCCAAGUGGAGGAAGCGUGAGAAGGCCGGCGUGCAGGCCCAUCCCUCGGGCCUGCCCUUCCCGGGCCCGCUGGCGGCAGGCCAUCCUCUCAGCCACUACCUGGAGGGAGGGCCCUUCCCUCCCCACCCGCACCCGGCCCUGGAGUCCGCCUGGACGGCGGCUGCGGCGGCGGCGGCGGCCUUCCCGGGGCUGACCCCGCCGCCUCACAACAGCUCGGCGCCACCUCUGGCCACCCCGCUCGGCCUGGGCACCUUCCUGGGCACGGCCGCCAUGUUUCGCCACCCUGCCUUUAUCGGACCCACCUUUGGCAGGCUCUUCUCUAGUAUGGGUCCUCUGACUAGUGCUUCCACCGCUGCAGCUCUCCUGCGCCAGCCCGCCCCUCCCGUAGAAAACCCCUCCCAUGCGGGCCCUGUCCUCCCUGACCCUUCCUCUUCUUCCUCCUCCUCCACCUCUUCAUCAGCUGCUGCGGACCGCCGGGCCUCCAGUAUCGCCGCGCUGCGCCUCAAGGCCAAGGAACACUCGGCUCAACUCACCCAGCUUAACAUCCUGCCCACCGGAGCUGCGGGGAAGGAGGUGUGCUGAACACUCAACACCAGCUCUGAGCCUCCCCGUUCCGGGCUAACGUCCCAUUCCACGACACCCC